GGACCCCUUUGAUUCCUUUUUCACUCGGCUGGACCCCAUAGCCAUUCGAUGGUUUAAAAAAAUCUUAUAUUUUUAUUAUGAAAUAUUAUUAAUAAUUGUAUGAAAAAAGUUAUCAGAAUAUUUUGUGCGUUAGACAAGUAUAAACAAUUCAUUGCAGAUAAAUUUUAACAGUAAAAUCUUAUAUGGACCCCCAAGGGUCAUAAGGACCCCGGUUGAGAACCACUAGAGGCACGUAAUACGCAUACGCGCACCUACUAACACUAAGGCACACAUAUACGAACACGUAUUUUCUUUUACGGUUUUCAGUCAUUUAACUGUUACUAUAGUAGGACAUCUCCUGCAAGAAUUUAGUCGACUCGGUGAUUUUAUCGAACUCUGUCCAACUGUUAUGUUACUGGAUAUAAUAUACAAAAAUAAGCACCUGUUCUCAGACCGGUCUACUGAUUACUCUCUCUUUUUCUCCCGUCCUCUCUCUCUCUUCCACACACAUAUGACGUCUAAAAUAGCGAAUUAAACAUUAACAAGACGUACAUGCAUUCAUUAUACGUACUAAACACAUAUAUACAUAGACUCAUAUUAAAUAGUCGACAAAACAAGAUACGUACUUUUCUUAAUUUGCUCCCCUCAUAAACGCAUAUGAGUGCAUAUACGCACGCAUACAUCGUAUGCGUUUAUGGACACAACUAUACAUAAAACCCUCCACAUACAUUCACCACAUAGUUACGCAUGCACAUAUAUAUGUAUGUACUUAUGUAGGUUCACGCACUUCUCAACUCACGCUCCUGUGUAGAUAUGCAUACAAGUUUAUACAUACAAUAAAUAUCUAUACAGACGAAUCUUAAGCACACAUAGAUAUACUUACUGCCAUAAAGUACGUAUAUAAUACUCUAACUUUUGAUGAACAAGAUAUUUGUAUUACUAAUAUAUAACAUACGAGUAGGACAUGGUAAAUUGCUACGUAUUUUAAAUAUGCGUAUGUAUGUUUAUAUAUAUAAACAUACAUAUAUAUAGAACUUAUAUACACACAUUCACAUAUUAACGCACACAUGUAUGCAAACCAUGUAAACAUACACAGUUAUUUUGAUAUAAACCUCCUCUUUCUUUCUCAUCACACAUACAUGUAUAUAUAUAAUUAUACCACUUGCGAGCAACUGAAAACAUUUUUAACAUUUACAUUAAGCACAUCUCGAAACAACGCACACAAAAGCCAAAAGUUUAUGGAGGAAUGGAGAGCUAUGCAUCUCCACAAAAUAAAAGAUGGGUGCUUACAAUGUUUUAAAUCAUGAAUAUAAAUAAGUAUAUAUAUAUAUAUAUUAAUUUAAAAACACAACUAUGCAGAUACACUUUUGUAAAUACGCACACACAUAUAGGUAUAUUACACACGCAUAAUUAUACCCACUAGAAAGCAACUGCAAACUUUUUUUGAACACAUCAACAUUUAACACGACACACAACUCAUUUUACACACACAGCACAAACACAAAACACACAUCCCAGUCACACACUACAUAUCUACACACAUAACACAACACAAAAGCCGACAGUUUUAUACAGAAAGAAGGACGGUGAGCUGCUAUCGUUCUUGUUUAACACUACCUUCUAUCUCCAACUUUGUGUGUUGUUUUGUCUCGUUACCUCCGCUCACCCCGUCACCCAUAUCUAUUUAUCUCGCCACAUAACUCAUCAUCAUCAUCAUCGUUAUUUCAAACACCGCCUCUGUCUCAUCUGCAAUUGUCGUCGUUUGUUUACAAAUUUGGAUAACUUUAAAAUAAACAACAAACAAAACUUGUAAACCAACAAACAAGCUGGAAAAUGUUGGUAAGAAACGUAAAACUGGUCUUCUUAGGGGAUAGAGGAGUUGGCAAAAGUAGCAUGCUCUUCCGUAUGACACUUGAACAUUUUACUGGUUCCAUAGACACAAAUUUAGGUUCUAGUUUCUUAUCAAAAUCAAUCCAGUUAGAUGGUACUACAUACAAGUUCCAGAUAUGGGACACUCCAGGACAAGAAGGACUCCUUACCAAUUAUUCCAGCCAAAUGCACGGUGCCUCUGCUAUUGUUAUUGUGUACGAUGUUACAAAUAAGAAUUCUUUUGCAAAUGCUACAACCAGCUGGUGGAAGAAGGUCCAGAAACAUGGCAGUGCCAAUUUAGUAGUGGCAUUGGUUGGCAACAAAUGUGAUCUAGAAGCUAGUAGAAAGGUCAAAACAACAGAUGGAAAGUCGUUUGCUGACAGCAAUGGUGCAGUGUUUGUUGAAACAAGUGCAUUAACUUCCACAAAUUUAGUUUUUUUACUUCAGGAAAUUGCUCAAAAGUUACCUCCAACUUCAUGUGAAGAAGUAGAAGCUGGCAAUGACUCUUCUUCGAAGCCUGUAUCUGACUCAACCAGCAAAACAUCAAAGAAAAGUGGUUGCAAUCUAUCCUGACCAUUACAUCUGUUGUUACUAUCACAGCCUUAACUGCGACAAUCACCUAUUUACUCUGAUCAACUCCCUGGCUCAAAUCAUCCUGCAGCUGAUUGUAUCUCAUCAACUUUGCAUCUUAUGUUGUUAUGUGAAAGGUGAAGGGGGUGUACUUUUGUCAUUUAUUUGUU